CUUGAAUUUAAGCCUAAAGCCUGAGACUUUAGGACAUUUGAUCAUUUCGUCAUGAUGGAAAGUCGUAAAAUAAUGAAGGCAAAGCGGUCGAAGGACAACAUUUCCGAAUUAGAAGAGAACAAAGUCUCUUCAGCCAAAGUGGGUUUCAACGCCCUUUACGAAAUUUCCCAGUUGCUGAACUGCGGUCUGGACCGUCAAUCCCUCGCCAUCUGUUCCAGGCUCUGCCAAGACGGAGUUCAACCCGAAGCCCUGGCCAACAUCAUCAUUAUGAUGAGAAACCAAGCGGAAGAGUACCGUUCGAAACAAGAUGGAAACAAAACCCAAUCCAAUGGGAACAAAUAGAAGCAGAUCCUUGCAAUGUAAAAUAAUAAAAGAUGUAUAAAAAAUUGUCCUGCUCCAUACAAAUAUAUGAUAGGUGUUUGUAAAUGUUUUAACGAAUUAAUACUAUAUGAUAUGUACAUUGACCAUUGUAAGCUUAUGUUCUACCUUAAUAAAUUUCUAUAACAAAAUUAAAUUUUGUAUAAACGAUUAGUGCCAUAAUGCUUUGUUUUAUUGAAAAUUUUGAUUUUAACAAAAUAGAUUUUAUCUAAAAUAAUUUAACUAAUUAAUAUUUUUAGUUGAAUAGAAUUAAUUAUUAAAUAUUAAUGUUUAUUAAAUUUACUCGAUUCUCUACUACUGUUGUAUAAUCUUAUAAAUCUUCAUUAAAGGACUCAAUAAAAUAUUGUCAACAUGUGUAAAAAUAUUCAUCUCGUGUAGUCUGUAGAUCUUUAUUUUAUCUAGUCUUUUAAAGUGUAGUUGGCAAUUUCAUUGUUAAAAAUUCAUAAACGCACACAUAUGUCUAAAGUGUAAAUUGACAUAAAAACAAAUGCUCAUUAAACAAAUUGUUCAAGAUGUGUUAAAAUGGAAAUUCAAAUUGUAAAAAAUUUAACAAUGUAUAUAAAUGUAUAAAUUGUAUUGUUCAUAAACCAGUUGCCAUUUUGAAGAAAUGCUGUAUUUUUUUGUUUAUUAAUAUUUGUAUUAUAAUUGAUAUACCAAAUAUAUGAGGUAGCGCUAAGUAUUGUA